GUGUGCAGUGAAACAGAAGAAGCAGGAGAGGAAGAAAAGUAGGAAAUCUCUGCAAACCCUGGAGUCUCAUUCAGCUACUGGACAGCGUCUGAGCAGCGGAGUUGAUCGAGAAACGGGAGACUGGCUCAAACAUCGCGUCUGGGAGUAACACCACAUCUGCACGGGGCGUUUUAUUCCCCUCACAGCCCAAAAAAAAAAAAAAAACCCCUAACAAUCGUACUGGCAUUUUGACUUGCCAUAUCUCCCUCGUUCCUCACCUUUCUUUUUGAAUUUGAUGUGUGUGGCGGGUUUGGCAAGCAGCGUUCAAACAGCAGGCGAGUCCAGAGCUGACUGGAGCUGACGCGGCCAAACAAAGACACAGGAAGAAACAGAAAAAAAAGAGAAAGAGUGGACGGCAUCAGAGAUCGCAGAAGUUCACUUUCACCACUUUAGACUCACUUGUAUCGGGAGGAUUUAAAGGAGCCCGCUGUGGAGCCUACUGGCUUGUCUCUUGACAUUCUGCCUGCUUGAAGGAAAACUAAAUGCACCUGAGUGGUUCUGGAGAAGGAGAGAAGAGGGGCAAACUUCCCACAUUUGUUCUUGCUUCAUGAGAAGGCUCUCUGUGGACGCUGUCUCAGCCCACUGUGCACUGUUUAGUUACCGCAUGUAGCCACCACUCACAGGUGCAGGAAAAGAGUGAAACACAAAGAGGAAAGAAGAAAGGGUAAGAGAUAAAGAGAGCCAGGCAGCAUAAUUAGUAUUACCGAGUUUGUGUCAGAGCUAGGAACCAUGAGAAGAGACUUCUAAAGACGACUGUGCUCUCAGAAAAUAUUGCAGCUAACCUUCAGGACAUUUGUAUGUGUGUGUGGUUAUAUGCGUGUGCACGUCUUUCAUUUUCAAAGGACUUGAAUUUGUAUUUGGAUGCGGAUUUAGCCUUUCAUUAUGACUCUGCGAGGAGGCUUUGAGAGAGUGUGGAUUGGCUGCCAUAGAAGUGUCUGCUGCUGGGUGUUGUUGCUGGCUUGUUAUUUCUUGAUCGCCUUGGCAGCCAAACCCAAAAUGCCAGGCCACACACACCUCAAUUCAAUACGCAUUGAUGGCGACAUAUCUCUGGGUGGACUGUUCCCAGUGCAUGCGAGAGGGAACGACGGCAAAGCCUGUGGCGAGCUGAAGAAGGAGAAAGGGAUCCAUAGGCUGGAGGCCAUGUUAUUUGCCUUGGAUCGUAUCAAUAAUGACAAUGAGCUGCUGCCUAAUAUCACUCUAGGGGCACGCAUCCUGGACACCUGCUCCCGGGACACCCAUGCUCUGGAACAGUCACUGACAUUUGUUCAGGCGCUGAUUGAGAAAGACUCGACUGAUGUCAAGUGUCUCAGCGGAGGGCCGCCCAUCAUCACUAAGCCUGAGAGAGUGGUGGGAGUGAUUGGUGCAUCUGCCAGCUCCGUGUCAAUCAUGGUAGCCAACAUUUUGCGUCUGUUCAAGAUCCCUCAGGUGAGCUAUGCCUCCACGGCUCCAGAGCUGAGUGAUAACACCCGCUAUGACUUCUUCUCCCGGGUGGUGCCCCCAGACACCUACCAGGCCCAGGCCAUGGUGGACAUUGUCAAAGCCAUGCGCUGGAACUAUGUCUCCACUGUAGCUUCGGAGGGAAACUACGGGGAAAGUGGCGUUGAUGCGUUUAUCCAAAAGUCUCGAGAGGAUGGUGGUCUGUGCAUUUCACAGUCUGUGAAAAUACCACGAGAACCAAGAGCUGGAGAGUUUGACAAGAUCAUCCGCAGGCUGAGUGAGAACCCUAAUGCCCGAGUGGUCAUUAUCUUUGCCAAUGAGGAUGACAUCAGGCGGCUCCUUCAAGCGGCUAAAAAGGCCAAUCAAACAGGCCAUUUCAUCUGGGUGGGUUCAGACAGCUGGGGCUCCAAAAUUUCCCCAAUUCUGAACCAGGAAGAAAUGGCAGAAGGGGCUGUCACCAUCCUACCAAAACGACAGUCCAUCAAAGGUUUCGAUCGCUACUUCAUCAGCCGCACAUUAGAAAACAACAGAAGGAAUAUCUGGUUUGCAGAGUUCUGGGAGAAUAAUUUCCAGUGCAAGCUUAGUCGGCACGCUGUGAAGAAAGGAUCCGGCAUCAAAAAAUGCACAAACCACGAGCGGAUCGGGAAAGAUUCAUCCUACGAGCAGGAGGGGAAGGUACAGUUUGUGAUUGACGCAGUUUAUGCCAUGGCUCAUGCUCUGCACAACAUGCACAGAGACCUCUGUCCUGGAAAAGUUGGCCUCUGCUCCAAGAUGGACACCAUCAACGGCACACUGCUGCUCAAGUACAUCCGCAAUGUCAACUUCACAGGAAUUGCUGGCACACCGGUGGUCUUCAAUGUGAAUGGAGAUGCUCCUGGUCGAUAUGAAAUCUACCAAUAUCAGAUCGCAAAUAACAUGACAGAGUACAAGAUCAUCGGCCACUGGACAGAUCAACUCCACUUAGACAUCAAUGAGAUGCAGUGGCCUGGCGGAACACAAGAAGUCCCCUCCUCUAUUUGCAGCCAACCCUGCCGUCCUGGCCAGCGCAAGAAGACAGUGAAGGGAAUCCCAUGUUGUUGGCACUGUGAGAAUUGUGAUGGCUACCAGUAUCAGGCAGACACUUACACCUGCAAGAUGUGCCGCUUUGAUUUGCGGCCUAAUGACAACCACACUGGCUGCGUUCCCAUUCCCAUUGUCAAGCUGGAGUGGAGCUCCCCAUGGGCAGUAAUCCCUGUUCUCAUCGCUGUCCUGGGCAUCAUGGCAACACUGUUUGUGGUUUCCACCUUUAUACGCUACAAUGACACACCCAUCGUUAAGGCAUCAGGUCGAGAACUGAGCUACGUGCUGCUGACAGGUAUUUUCCUGUGUUAUGCUACAACAUUCCUCAUGAUCUCCACCCCUGAUGUGGUCAUAUGCUCACUGCGACGGAUUUUCCUGGGCCUGGGUAUGAGUAUAAGCUAUGCAGCACUACUUACCAAGACAAAUCGGAUCUACAGGAUUUUUGAGCAGGGCAAGAUGUCGGUCAGUGCCCCUCGAUUCAUCUCCCCGGCGUCACAGUUAGUCAUCACAUUCAGCCUGAUAUCAAUGCAGCUUCUUGGAGUGUGCAUCUGGUUUGGCGUCGACCCAUCACAAGCCAUCAUUGACUAUGAGGACCAGCGUACAGCCAAUCCUGAAAUGGCCCGUGGCGUUCUGAAAUGCGAUAUAUCAGACCUGUCCCUCAUCUGUCUGCUGGGUUAUAGCAUGCUGCUGAUGGUCACCUGCACAGUUUAUGCCAUCAAGACCAGAGGGGUUCCUGAGACAUUCAACGAGGCCAAGCCCAUCGGAUUCACCAUGUACACCACCUGCAUUGUAUGGCUUGCCUUCAUCCCCAUCUUCUUUGGGACCUCACAAUCAGCGGAAAAGAUGUAUAUCCAGACCACAACCCUGACCAUCUCCGUAAGCCUCAGUGCUUCUGUCUCUCUGGGAAUGCUCUACAUGCCUAAGGUCUACGUGGUUCUCUUCCAUCCAGAGCAGAAUGUACCCAAGCGCAAGCGCAGCCUGAAGGCUGUGGUCACUGCAGCCACAAUGUCCAACAAGUUCAACCCCAAAGGUGGCCUGAGGCCCAAUGGAGAGGCCAAGUCUGAACUCUGUGAAAGUCUCGAAACACAAGUGCUGGCCUCCAAGCAGACAUACAUAAGCUACAGUAACCAUGCCAUCUAAGACAGAGACGACCCGUGGAAGCAGAGCAAGGAACUGCCUGAGGAGAAAUCACCUGAUUCUGGGGAAUACUGGGGAAAUACUGGAGGACUUCAAAGCUGCUACAGCAGAGAGGACUGGGGUGGAAAGAUGGGAAUCUGUCACUCCAUAAAGAGAAAGGAUGUCAUAUUUUUUUUUUUAGAGAAUCAGGUAAAGGCUUGAAUGCCAAAUUUAUGAGAAAUUAUUAGAUUUGCAGGAGGGAGUUGGAAGAUGUCAGGGAGAUUGGACAGUUAAUUUUCCUCUUCCCACCCUUUCUGAGACAAGUGGGCGUUGACCAGUGACGUGUCCAGAUGCAGGCUGAGCAAACCACCUGGAGCCUACAGUAUGUUUUCCUUCUGAAGUGUAUAGCACACAAUUUCAGUUCUCUCUGAGGCUGUUUCGUUUGUCUCAUUUCAACAAAAACAGGGAGAAAAGUGUUCUGUUUUUGCUCUAGUCAAAUACAGUGGACAAGAUGAAACAGCAUAAAAAUAUAGUAAUUAUUUUUGGUUACUGGUAUUAUUGGAGUUGAAAGCUGCAGUACUCUUCAAACUGUACAUGCCUUACUACAGUACAUUCAGUAUUCCUACAUGAACUAACCAUACCUGAAACACCUGAAAAUAAAGCAGUGGGUCAUCCCAGAUUUUUUAAUAAAUGUUUCAUAAUAAUGAUGAUGACGCCAUCAUCUUGGCAAACCUAGUGUACAGUCCCAGAGCAUGCUUGUGGGAGCAUCAUGUGUACUGUGCUGUGUUGUCAACGUCUAUGGAAUGCAACAUUUGUCAUGGUCGUCAUUCACAGUGGAGACGUCCUUUUGGACCAUUACCCACUGGGUUACCCUCUGCUGAAUAAAGAGUAAUUUAUACACAAAAGGAGCCAAACCUUUAUGGUUUACACCACACUCCAUAAAUGUCAGCCAGACUUGACGAUGCAUACUUUAAACAUCCCAGAUUUAUUGGCCCUUAUUUAUCAUGCUCUUGUUAAAGCCUUCUCAAAGUCAAGCAGUUAGAUUGAAGUUUCUGUAUUUGUUUAGCUUCCAUUCCACCCAACAUUGAAGGUGCAGUUCUUGACAAUAACAUAAUUACCCAAAGUUGUUUCCGUAUUACCCUGUGUUUCCUGUAUUUGUGCGUUUCUGUGUUUCGAGAUAAUAAACCUCAUUACAGUAUAUUCUGUCAGUAGGUACAGUGGUUGAUGAAAUGCUUGGUUUUUGAAGGAAUAACACAACACACCAGUCUGUUGUCAUACCAGAUGUAUUAUUUUAAAGGUAUAGAAUAUGAUAGAUUGCAAUUGACAGUAUCAUAUGGGGACGCCCCCUGUUAUUUGUGGUGGAUGCACCUUUUCACAGAUUUUUUUUCCUCUUCUGCAACAUGAAUUUUGAGGCUGCAGUAGAAAUGAUUGAUGACAGUUUCAUUUGUGUUCUGGGUGCAAAAUUAAGCUCAUGUAGCUAAUCAACAUGAAGAUCCUUUUGGAUAAGUUAUGUUCCAUCAAAGAGCCAAAAUGUUCAGAAAGAUAAUUAUGUGGAUGGCAUACAGCACAUGGCAUUUCCUCCUUAGGAAUGUUUUACCUUUCAACAGACUCAGUGUUAUGUUACGUUUAAGUAGUCUGCAUAGUCCUAGGGGAAGGGAUUUUGCUAAUUGCCUAAUUGCAGAUUUUCACAAAUACAUACUAUACAUAAAACAGCCACCUCAUUAAACCUAAGCAGACUUUAUUACACUAAACCUGCAUUAAGUAACAAGGUCAAUCAUAGUGUGGAUAUUUUCUUAGCUUUUAGCCCCAUUUAGCUCAUUGCUUUGUUUUCUUAUCCAACACACAGGCUGUAUGGUAGAGUGUUAAGGCUAUCAACAACGCCAUGCAGGGCUCUAUGCUUACAACUUUAGGGGCACUGGCGCUCCUAUAUGAAAAAAUUAAGACGCACAGAAAAAAAUGUAGUGGCACAGUUUAACUUUUAAAGAUGCAACUCUUUUUUUAAACAUUAAAACACACAAUAUGCAUAAGAUAGAGGGGCAAGAUAUUAAUAAAGAAUUUUGAAACAAAAAAGUCAUAUGUACUUGGGACCUAACAAAGGAUCAGACUGCAUUGUGCUUUAUGAAUGCAUCCCUUUUAAAAAUGCAUAGAGUCUAUUAAUUAACUUCAGGAUUCUGAAAAUAGGGUUGUUGUUUAAAAGCACUUUUUCCAGUCGUAUCCAAUAUCAAGGUUGACAUGGAGUUCACGCUUGUUAGCAACAACAGAUUUGACCUGUAGUUUCAUUUUCACCAGUGAAAGCGACAAUUGACACCAGCUAAAAUUGAGAUGCGUCUACCUGAAUGUUGUGUUCACUGAGCUUUGACAAUGUCAUGUUUUCUUCCAUGGGCUCUCUGCUCUGCUGUCUGCUGUGUGUGUGUGUAGAGGAGCUGAGCCCUUGGUCAAACACUGCAGAGAGAGCAGAGCAGAGAAAGAGAAAAGACACUGCAUGCACUGUAAACAUCAAAACCAUAUCUUGCAAUCUGCUAAGCUCUCUCUCUCUCUCUCUGGCCUCUUCAAGAACCAAUAAAAUGCUCCCGUUCAUCACAAAUUUAGAACCAGUUAAGAAUCGGCUCAGAGUCACUCACACUGGCGCAAUGAUGUGAGUGACCCUGAGUUCUGAGUAAUUGUUCAUAUUCACACACUGCUUUUCACUCAGAUACACACUGUAGAGACCUGGCCUGAUAUAAAAGUACAGACACUUUUAAUUUCUUUCGUUUUCAGCAAACACACUCAACGAUGACUGCACCCCACCUUCGCAGAAAACAGCAAAGAUAAGCAGUAAACCAGUGACUGAUUUAGCACCUAGCAAGUUAAAUUUCCACAUAUUUUUUCACAAGAGUUGGUAGACAGCAAAACGGAGCUCAAAGGUCAGUGAAUAUUAGACCUAGAUUUGUGAGGUGCUCAGAGGGAUGACAACAAUAGGAUAUCGAUGUUGUCCAAGUAGGCAGUUGUUUGCUAAUAUGUUGAUGAGCCAGUGGCAUCUCAGGUUUGGAUUCUGUUUAUUUCUGCCCCUUACUGGUAAAAAUAAAUAAAUAAAUAAUCAUUUUUAAAAAAUCAUUUAAUGCAGCUUUAAACUUCUACUGAGAUGAAAAUCACUUCUUAGUCUGUCUAACAUUAAUCAACUUUUACAAUACUGACCACCUUUCAUUUUUAGAUGAAAUUGGAGGAUGUAGACCUGCUUGAUAAAUAAGGGCCAGUGCCUUCAUUCUGUGCCUCAUACCCAUUAAAUUACCCCUGCCAUUCUUUCCAUGGAUUAUUCAUGGUGUUUUUUUGUGGGAAGAAGAAAAGGAGUCAAUGUACAAUUUGCAAUUGUGUGUGCAAUCUUCAUUUCUGUCUCCAGUCUCUGAAGUAUUUGUCAUAAACAGUAACUCUGGAAUUUGUCUCAUUAAAUGUUAUCCUCAGCAAUGCAAAAACCUGUAUGUUGCAUGUCAAAACCCAUAAAAAGUCAUGUGAACACUUAAAGAGAAAGGUGUAAUGUCAAGAAGGAAAACUACUGCAGAGGAUUAUAAAUAACUAAUAUUUUUGGUCAAAUCAAUGAUUCUCUCAGCUUCAACAAAAGUCUAAGGUGUUGCCGCAAAUGUUGUUUUCUCAUCAUUUGACAGAGUAUUGUUUGUGGGAUUGUUUGUGUUAGUGAAUAUGAUAAUUUACUGCUUUUUUGCCACAACCCCCCCUUUUUAUUUUUCUAAAACACUUCGUCUGUGUUACAAAAUAGAAUAUGUAAGUGCUGACUGAAAUUAAAUGGCAAGUUAAUGUAUGUUAUUAAAAUGGAUUGAUCAUGUCUGCUUUAUGUACUGAAUUAUUAAAAAAAAAAAAAAAAAAAAAGAAAGAUUAAAAAAAGAAUUACAGUGCCUGGAUAUUUAUGAAUUAUCUAUAGAAAAAAUGUGUAGAGCAUGUUCAUUUUUAUACAAGAUAUUUCUAAUAAAAGACUGUUUUGCUAACAAA